AAGAGGAUGGAGAGUUCUAGGCCAGCCCGGGCCAUGUAGUGAGUCUCCAAGGCAAAACCAAGAAAAAGGAAAAAGAAGGAAGGAGUGGAGUGGAAUAUCCGCUUGUGACCAAUUGGGCAGGUGUCCUCUCUACCAGCUCCUCUGCUGCCUGGUCUGAGGGAGACGGUGGCCUCUGGCCCAGGCUGACACACCAUGGCCCUCCUCACACACCUGCUGGUCUGCGUCUUUGGCAUGGGCUCCUGGGUCGCCAUCAAUGGCCUCUGGGUGGAGCUGCCUCUGCUGGUGACAGAGCUGCCUGAGAAGUGGCACCUGCCUUCCUACCUCACAGUGGUCAUCCAGCUGGCCAACAUUGGCCCUCUCCUCGUCACCCUGCUCCAUCGCUUCCGGCCCGGCUGCCUUGAGGAAGUGCCAGUGAUCUUUGUUAUCCUGGGUGUGGGCACCGCUGCCUGCAUCCUCCUGGCCUUCCUCUGGAACGUGACCUCCUGGGUACAGGGUGGCCACCACAGCAUCGCUUUCAUCGUCCUCACCUUCUUCCUGGCUCUGGUCGACUGCACUUCCUCUGUCACCUUCUUACCCUUCAUGAGCCAGCUGCCCACCUACUACCUCACCAGCUUCUUUGUUGGUGAAGGACUCAGUGGCCUCCUGCCUGCACUGGUGGCUCUGGCCCAAGGCUCAGGGGUCAGCACCUGCGUCAAUGUCUCGGAGACAUCAGCCCCCACCUUGAGCCCCGUGACCAGCAGGGAGACCCACAUCACCCAGGGGAGCAGCAGACCUUCUCAGUCACCCCUCGCUGGGCACCUGGAGAGCCGUUACGUACCACCACGCUUCUCGCCUCUGCUCUUUUUUCUGCUGCUGUCCUUGAUGAUGGCCUGCUGUCUCGUCGCCUUCUUCCUCCUCCAGCGGCAGCCCUGGGGCCGCCACGGCUCCGUGGAGGACCUCCUCCACUCCCAGGUCACCCUGCACUCCAUCCGGCCGCGAGAGGACAAGGAUGUGGGCUCUCUGGGUACCACGGCUGGCAGCCAGAGCAAAGCACCGCGGGAGGACAGCGCCGCCCCGCUUCGCCCGGCCCAGCUGGCCUUCAUCUACACCGUGGUGGCCUUCGUCAACGCGCUCACCAACGGGGUGCUGCCCUCCGUGCAGACCUACUCCUGCCUGCCCUACGGACCCGUCGCCUACCACCUGUCUGCCACCCUCAGCAAUGUGGCCAGCCCCCUUUCCUGCUUCCUCUCCAUCUUCCUGCCUAACAGGUCACUGCCAUUCCUUGGGAUGCUUACAGUUCUGGGGACCGGCUUUGGGGCCUACAACAUGGCCAUGGCUGCUAUGAGCCCCUGCCCAGCCCUGCAGGGCCACUGGGGUGGAGAAGUCCUCAUCGUGAUCUCCUGGGUGCUGUUCACCUCUUGUCUCAGCUACGUGAAGGUGAUGUUAGGGGUGAUCCUGCGCGACCGGAGCCGCAGCGCCCUCUUGUGGUGCGGGGCGGCGGUGCAGCUGGGCUCGCUGGUUGGCGCCCUGCUCAUGUUCCCGCUGGUCAAUGUGCUGAGAUUGUUCUCAUCUGCGGAUUACUGCAGCCUGGACUGCUCUGCCUAGGUCCGCUGCGGGAUCCUGGCCAUCACGGGGACAUCACCAGCCCCCCCCCCCACCCCGAUCACUGAACCUAGAAGCUGGAGCACAGAGAGGGAGGGGGGCUCACAUUCUCAGAGCCAGGGCUAGGGGGAGGGCAAGAAAGCAGAGCCUGGAAUUGCAAGGUGCAGCCCCCCCCAACACCCGUCCCCAAAGCAACACUAUCCAGCACCUAUGAUACCCAGUUAUAUAUUUCGCUCUUUGAGUUUUGAGAGUUCUGAUUUACAGCACCCUACUGGAGGCACGCCCUAGAUGUUAAGGCAAGCUGCUCCUCGCAUCCUGGCUGCGGAGAGGAGAGUCGCUUGGCUUCUCUGUGCCUCUGUGCCCUCACAAAUGCAUACCUUGUAGGUCUGGCACCCAGCCAGCCUUCUGAGCCGUUUCCUGCACUGACACCCUAGAAGUGGCCAGAGGGGCUGAGAUAUCCACCUACGUCUGUUUCCUCCUGUCUCCAGAGCGGUUGGCAGGAGUCCAGGCAUCUUGGCCCUUUCAGUGCCAGUCAGCACCUGCCCUGAGGGGGUCCCAGCCCAACCUCUGACAGUAAGACCCACCAGGCAGGGACCUUCAGAAACAGUUCUCAGCACAAGCAAGGCACAUGGUCCAUACUUGUUAUUUUG